AUGCACCGCAAGUAUACAAAUGCGCAAACUUCCGUCGCCACCACUCAAUCCAAGCUUAAACUGCCAACUCUCCAGCGGCAAAGUGACCGAAAGAGUGCGGCGCGAGGAUCGCGUGCGUCCCGCGCCCAGAAACCCUCAAAAAGUGACUGGGACAUCAAAACUCGAUGGCACAAACUGGAGGAACAGGGUCCCGAGUUUACAGUAAAGAGUCGGGAUAGCAAAGUGAAAGUGACUCUACCCACUGUGCUGAUGCCCUUGGGCAAACAUGCCUACUCAGAACGAAAGACAAUUCGCGUGAGGAAUUUCUUUCGUACUGUUUGGGACUCCACGAAAACCAAGGGCCCGGCGAAUUCGUUUGCACCCGCGCCGAUCACCUCCAGACUGAGACUUGCCUGUAUGAAUCUCGUCAGUAAGGCUGUUAAAGACAAGAGGAUUCACUUCAAUUCCGUGGAGCUGAGUAUACUCUUCCACAUGUUUUUUGAGCUUACAAACCGUCAGAUUCGAAGCAUGACUUUGGCCGAAAUGCAGCAGUUUCUCCUCAUCCAACUAAAUAUCACACACGCGGUCACGCUGGGCCGUCUUGCUCGAGCAGCUCAACUGUUGCAGAACAGCUCCCAACCAUACAGCAGAAAUGGGAUUAAACCGAUGAAUUUUGUCCAUCUGCUCUCUUCGCUCCUCCGAGGGAGCCUAAUGGAGAAGGCCGAAAUGGCCUUCCACGCAAUGGAUGUCGACGGUGAUGGAGAGCUUCGAGUGGAGAGCGAACUUAAAAUUUUACUGAAGGACUGCUUUGAUGUGUCUAUCGCUGCCGUCAAUGCCGACAUUGAUCCUCUGGGACCAGAGCGGGAAACCAAAAAAUUCCUUGCACAGAAGCUCGGUCUCCAACGUGGAACUGGUUUGCGUCUUAGUGGCUUCCAAGAGUUAGUAGCCGAGGCACCCUGGUUGAUUGAGUCCUUGCUGCCUUGUAUACCGCGUGAUCUGGAGAGUGCUGCUUUUCAAAGCAUCUUCUCUACGCCCAACAAAGGCCUCCGGCGAGAACGCCCAGAGGCACAUAAAAGGACACCACCUGCCGCAUGUUUAUGCGCUUUUAUUACAGAAAGUCUGCCCUAA